AAUUAUGGCGUCGUAAAGUUUAUUUACGCGUAGAAAAUAUACCGUAAGAAAUUCCAGCUAAGCCGCGAGCGCCCUCUACGCUUUCUUUCCAUUAAAACUUUCAAGCGACUGCAGAUCGACGUAUUCGUUGCUCGGUUUUACGUCAAAAUGUCAGGAGGACUUGAUAUUCUAUCCCUCAAGGAGGAUGAUGUGACCAAGAUGUUGGCCGCCACCACCCACCUGGGUUCUGAGAAAGUCAAUUUUCAGAUGGAGCAAUACGUCUUCAAGAGGCGUCCGGAUGGUGUGCACAUCAUCAACUUGGGACGUACCUGGGAGAAGCUGCUCCUGGCUGCACGUGCUAUUGCUGCUAUUGAGCAUCUUUCUGAGGUCUACGUAAUCUCAUCUCGUCCCUAUGGGCAACGAGCUGUGCUCAAGUUUGCCAACUACACGGGUGCCACCCCCAUUGCUGGACGUUUCACCCCCGGUGCAUUCACCAAUCAAAUUCAACCAGCUUUCCGCGAGCCCCGUCUCCUUGUUGUGACUGACCCAUCCACGGAUCAUCAGCCCAUCAUUGAGGCGUCCUACGUCAACAUCCCCGUAAUUGCUUUCUGCAACACCGACAGCCCCCUUCGCUUUGUGGACAUUGCCAUUCCAUGCAACACCAAGUCCAUCUACUCCAUCGGUCUCAUGUGGUGGAUGCUGGCACGUGAGGUGCUGCGUCUCCGCGAUAAGAUUUCACGCGAGAAGAAAUGGGACGUCGUGGUGGAUUUGUUCUUCUACCGCGAUCCCGAGGAGGCUGAGAAGGAGGAGGCCGCUGUCAAGGAGCCACUCCCAGCUCCCAAGACCGAGACGGUGCAUGAGGGCGCUGAGCCAGUGGAGGAGACUACCAAUUGGGCCGAUGAGGUACCCGUUGUGGCACCAACAGUUGCCCCCACUGACGAUUGGAAUGAAGAAGAAGUCACCGUUACCGCUUCCUGGGGCGGUGGUGGUGGAUUCUAAGAAAAUUCGCCCACAAGGACAACUCAGCAGCCUACGUGGAUGUUGAUUUCAAUAAAAGGCGGUCGCACCUUCUUGGACACCGUCAAAUCCAAAAA